ACCAAAAUUUAAUGGAAGCAUCCAUGCCAGCACAAACAAACCAAGGGAUAAAACCACUUGGUAGUCAGAGCAGAGACGACACAGAGCAGAAGGGGAAAAUGGGAUAACGAGAGGAGAAGAUAUCCACAGGGAAUUUCAGAACAAAACAAAGUGGGUUUGCCCUGGCUUCUUUUAUACCCCCUCCUUUUGCUUCCUUGCGGCUUGAGAAGGCGAGGGGAGGAGGGAGAAGGAGAAGAGGAGCGCAGCGGGGCAAAGCAAAUGCACAGCUCUGGACUAUUUGGGGUAGCAUUAACUUGAUAUAGAGUUCUCCUCUGAAGUAAACAAUUGAGAGGGAAAUGGCCGCCUCAUAUGAACCAAAAAUGAACGGCGAAAUAAGGAUUUUCGAGAGCUCAGAUGAAAUAGCAACAGAUCUGGCCGAGUAUAUCUCGCAGGUUUCAGAAAUCUCUGUUAAAGAGAGGGGAUACUUCGCUAUUGCCCUAUCUGGAGGGGCCCUUGUCAGUUAUUUGUGGAAACUUUGUGAAGCUCCAUACAACAAGACCCUGGAUUGGUCUAAAUGGUACAUCUUCUGGUCUGAUGAACGUGCUGUAGCAAAGAAUCAUGCGGAUAGUAACUAUAAGUUAACAAAAGAAGGGUUCCUGUCCAAGGUACCUAUUCUCAGUGGUCAUGUCUACUCCAUCAAUGACAAUGCCACGGUGGAGGAUGCAGCGACAGAUUACGAAUUUGUCAUCAGGCAGCUGGUCAAGGUCCGCACUGUAGGAGUCUCAGAGAGCAACGACUGCCCCAAGUUUGAUCUCAUUCUGCUCGGCAUGGGCUCUGAUGGACAUGUGGCCUCAUUGUUCCCGAACCACCAAGCCCUGGAGCUGAAAGACGACUGGGUCACCUACAUCACUGACUCCCCUCAGCCCCCACCUGAGAGAAUCACCUUCACUCUUCCGGUGAUAAACUCGGCGUCGAACGUAGCAAUCCUAGCUACAGGUGACGACAAAGCGAAUGCUGUGCAUUUAGCUGUUUCUGACAGCAGCAACAGUCAAGACGCCCCCACGUCGCUGCCUGCUAGGAUGGUUCAACCGACAGACGGGAAGCUGGUGUGGUUCUUGGACAGCGCGUCCGCCUCAUUGCUGGAGGCGACGACGGACGAUGCCGCCUAUGAGCAGCAUCGUGAGUACUGACUAGCUGGGAACAAACUGAAGAUUGUUUUGCUGUGAACGAAGGUGUGUAAGUAGGUCUGUAGUUGGUGGAUUAUAUGCGAUGGAAGAAGGUUUGCUCUUCCCUUUAGGGCUCAGUACCUGUAGGAUUCGUUGGCCGGAAAUCGACAAUGCCCUGCCCUUGGUCUUUUCGCAAAUUGAGACGAUUUUGUGCGAGAUUAUGUGUAAGUGAUGUUGAGGCCUCAGAGAUGAGAGCACCAGAAACUUGAAUUGCUGUCAGUUUGAUAUAUUGUCCUCAAUUUAAUUCUAUCAGGUAGAAAUUAGAUUCUUUUAUUGCUA